AUGCAUGCAGCGCUUGUGUGCGGUGGCUGCUUAGAUGCAUGGCAGUGUGGGUUCGCAACAGGCGUUGGUUUAUGGAUUUCGAAUGAGUCACGACAGGUUAAAUUGCCAGGUUUACAGCCUCGAUUCCAUGUUCGAAGGGGAAGUGGGUUGAUAAUCGGCUGUGCCAGUCUGCUACAACCCGCUGGUUUGCUUCUCAAAGCCUCACUGCAAGUACCCAACAUUGAGGUCGCGGCUUUCGUUGAGAAGUCCAGCUUUCCCAUAUACGACCGCAAGGCUCGAUGUGGAGUAUGGCGCACCGUUCUUUCGCGCGUCAAUCCCGGGGGAGACAUGCUUGUGAUGGUGCAAACGACGACCAUCAAGGAGGAGGACCGCUCAGCCUUUGUGGACCCCUUGGUCGCCGAACUGGUGGCCAGUGGUCUUGGCAUCUGUGCCAUUUAUCACCUGCACAACGACGAGGUGACAGAUGCGCCGAGGCCCAAUGCUUUGGUCACCUCGCUGCACGGGAUGCCGAGGCUGGAGAUGCCGAUGCUAGAGCUGAAGUUGGAGAUCGGACCACUGUCCUUCUUCAAUCCCAACACCACCACCUGCCGCUUCCUCAUGGAGACGGCGAUCAGGUACUUGAAGCUGCGAAAGAGCGAUAUCCUUCUGGAUAUUUUCUGCGGCAUUGGCACCAUCGGCCUUUGCGCUGCCGGCUACUGCGCCAAGGUGAUUGGCAUUGAUAUCGUGCAGGAGAACAUCGAGGAUGCUCGUCGAAAUGCGCAGCAGAACUCCAUCCUCAAUACGGAGUUUAUAGUCGGGAAGGCGGAAGAAGUCGUGCCGAAGAUCCUGGGGGACAUGGACACCUCGCUUGAGGUGGUUGCCGUGGUGGAUCCAUCCAGGGCAGGCCCUGCGACUUCGGGAUUUGACGGCUCGGUUUCCGGGCUUCCACGUUCAGGGUGUUGGUUUGAAAGAGACCACCAAGCUCCUUAUCCGCGACUUUUGGCUCAAGCCACGGUAUUUAUAGUAAGCCUUGUACACAACAUGGCACUGGGUGCGUCCCAGACUAAUUCCCGAUCCAUGCCACCUCGGCAGAACCCAGACUAA